AUGGCGAGGGGCAAAGCUCUGCUGCUCUUCCAUGGAUUUGUCCUGCUGGCUCUGUGUAGACCCUCACUUCAAGGAGGAGUCUACAUACCAGCUGCAGGAGGAGGAGGAGGAGCUGGGCCUGGAAUAGGGGCUGGCAUUGGUCCUGGUUUUGGACAAGGUGCUGGAGCUGGACUUGGUACUGGAAUUAGACCUGGGGUAGGCGUAGGCACAGGACUUGGUCCUGGAGGUAUAGGGACCGGAGUCCUUCCAGGGAGUGGUCUUGGUGCUGGUCCUGGAGGUGCACUGGGAACUGGACCAGGAGUUGGCACCAGUCCUGGAGCAGGAGGUGGUAGGUUUCUUGGUUAUAAGCCAGGGAAGACAGCUGGUCCCGGUACAGCAGGGACUGCAUUUGGUACUGGUACUGGUGGGCCAGGACUUGGAACUGGACAAUUUGUUCCUGGUACUCGUACAGGAGGAGUAGGACCAGGUGGUUAUGGUACAGGUCCUGGAACAGGUGGACCAGUCACUGGUGGUCUUGGAACUGGUGGAAUAGGAGUUGGUGGCUUUGGCACUGGAGGACUUGGAGCAGGGGCAGGAUAUGGUGCUCAGGGACUUGGAACUGGUGCUCUUGGAGGUGGUGGACUAGGAGGACUUGUGCCUGGAGGUGCAGGGCCUGGUGCUGGAGGACUAGGUCUUGGUGCUGGAGUGCCUGGUACUCUUGGAGCAGGAUUUGGACCUGGAGGGAUUGGUCCAGGGGGUCUUGGAACUGGUGGUGUUGGGCCUGGUGGACUUGGAACUGGUGGUGUUGGCCCUGGUGGACUUGGACGAGUUUGCCAAUUUUCUUCUAUAGGAGGCUUAGGUGGACUUGGCACUGGACAGAGUGUUGGGAGUUUUGGACCAGGAGCAAGUGGUCUUGGAGGAGUCGGAACAGGAGUUGGACCAGGAGGAGUUGGUCCAGGAGGAGUUGGACCAGGAGGAGUUGGUCCAGGAGGAGUUGGACCAGGAGGAGUUGGUCCAGGUGGUACUGGUCUAGGAGGAUUUGGUCCAGGAGGAGUCAGACCAGGAGGAGUUGGCCCAGCUGGAAUUGGUCCAGGAGUAGGAACAGGGGGUGUUAGUCCUGGAGGAGUUGGUCCUGGUGGAGUUGGCGUAGGUUAUGGUCCUGGUGGAGUGGGAGUAGGUAAGGAACCUUAA